AUGUCUUUAAAUAGUGAUACACGCAGCCAGAAGCGCACUGUCAGACGUAUUUGUUCUGAAGUAAAACAUUCAGAAGAUAAACCCGAUGAAUCAAAGCCAGUUUUAUCAUUCAAAUCUCCACGCAAAGGCUACAAACGUGCGAAAAUUGUAUCAGAGAUCGACGAUUUUGAUGCAGAUGUCGUUAGAAGAACGGUGCAUGAGUUUUACGAUCGAGGUGAGUAUCCAACUGCGAAUUUAAUAUUAAAUGCUUUAAAACAGAAAAUCAAUUAUUCCGGUUGCUUACGUUCGAUGCAAAACCUGUUGAAGAAUUUGAAAUUUUCUUAUAAAAAGUGUAAUGAUGGCCGAAAAUUCUUAAUGGAGAGAAAUGACAUGGUUGCACUUCGAUGUAAAUUCCUUCGAGAGAUUUGUACGCUGCGCAAGGUAAAAGAUGAUCGCCCUAUUGUUUAUAUUGACGAAACAUGGGUCAAUCAAAACCAUACGAGGUCAAUGAUAUGGCAAAAUGAAGGUAGCACUGAAGGUUUGAAAGUUCCUACGGGAAAAGGAGGUCGGCUUAUCGUGUGUCACGCUGGAUGUGCGCGUUACGGGUUUAUUCAAGGGUCCAAACAAGUAUUCCGUAGUAAUACAGGCAAUACCGCUGACUACCAUAGUCAAAUGAAUGCUGAAAUAUUUCAAAAAUGGUUUGUUGAACUAUUAAAUAAUCUUGAAGAGCCGUCUGUCAUAGUAAUGGACAAUGCGUCAUAUCAUUCCACGUUGGUAGAAAAUUACCCAAAAAGCAAUUGGAAAAAAGCUGACGUACAAAAAUGA